GGAAGCUUAGCAUCUCUCUUGUCACUCCAAUCCUAGCAAAUCCAAUCUUUCUCGUUUUUCAUUUUCUUUUUCUAUUUUCCAGGAAAAUUCUCAGUAUCAUUAUUCUCUAUUAUCCAUUAACAUCAACUGCUAUUCCACUACCAUAAUCAGUUUCUUCUUCCUUUGUUCUUCUCCCUCUAGGCGACGCCACCUGCUUGCUCCCUCAUUCCCUCGUGCAUUUCAUGGAUGAAAUGUAUGGAAUCCACUCCACUGGAGAGUACACCUCGAACAAGCCGUUGAUGUCGUCGCCGGAUAGUCUGAUCAUACCUUCAGAUUACCACGCCUUGUUUUGCUCCUCGAUUGUGGUCGUUAAAGCUUCCGUCAUCUCAUCCCCUGAAAUCCACCCUUCAUUAUCCACACAGCACCACAAGCUCUCAACAAUGGCUUCCUCCAUUCUCUCCCCGGCGACCCCUUCCCAGCUAUGCUCGAGCAAGAGUGGGUUGUUCUGUCCGUCACACGUGGUUUUUGUGAAGCCGACGAGGACCCAGAUGAUGGGGAAGAAGGAGAAGGCGAUGAGGCUGACGUGUCAGGCUACCAGUAUCCCAGCGGACGAUAGGGUUCCAGACAUGGGCAAGAGGCAGCUUAUGAAUCUGAUUCUGUUGGGUGCUGUUUCGCUUCCGACAGGAUUCAUGUUGGUUCCUUAUGCCUCCUUCUUUGUCCCUCCUGGGACUGGAGGAGCUGGUGGUGGUACCAUUGCCAAAGACGCCUUUGGGAAUGAUGUUAUUGCAUCUGAGUGGCUUAAGAACCAUGGUCCUGGGGACCGAACCCUCACACAAGGAUUGAAGGGAGAUCCAACCUACCUUGUGGUGGAGAAAGACAGAACUCUUGCAACAUACGGAAUAAACGCUGUCUGCACUCACCUUGGAUGUGUUGUUCCAUGGAAUCCAGCUGAGAACAAGUUCAUUUGCCCGUGCCAUGGAUCACAAUAUAAUGAUCAAGGAAGAGUUGUGAGAGGACCUGCACCAUUGUCGUUGGCCUUGGCCCAUGCUGAUAUUGAUGAUGGGAGAGUGGUCUUUGUUCCAUGGGUUGAAACAGAUUUCAGAAACGGUGAGGAACCCUGGUGGGCUUAAAUGCUUCGCCAUUCAUUCCUCCCCCUUAUGCAUAUUUAACGUGUAAUCUGUCAACGUAUUUUGCGACAAUGCAUGAACAUUGUUUUUGUAACAUACAGUUAUAUAUCCCUUGCAAAAGUCAGCCUGUACUAUGCACAAGCUUGAACUCAGGCGCUGAUAUUUGGAUAUGGAAAAUUGUCUAAUAUGUAAUUAUUUUAUGAUUUUAUUCUUCUUAAAAAUUCAAGAAUAGGAGGUGUAACAUGUUUACGUA